AUGAGCACCGCCUCCGGCGACGGCGCGGACGCCGGCGGCGACGGGGCCUCCUCUGCGGCGGCGGCCGCGUCGGCGCCCGCCGGGAGACGGAUCCCGCCCGCCUCGUCCAUGCCGUGGGUCCGCAACCUCCGCCGCUUCGUCGGCACCGGCGCCGGCCUCGGAUCCGAGGCCCUCAUGGGUCAGUCAGUGCCUCUCGCCUCUGUUCCUCCCUUAGCCAGCCCCUCCGGCCUCCGCGCUAGGCUAGGCUCGGUCGGAGCUGCGCGCUUUGGAUUUCGAGGUGUUGGUGAACUGGAGACUAAAAGGAUAUUGCUUGAGAUUUUCAAGGAGCGGCAGCGGAAGAGUGCUGAAGCUGGUUCCAUCCCAAGUUUUUACAAGAAGAAACCUGAAGAAGGAUCCAUUAGCUCUAGGGUUCAGAGGUUGGCCAAGUACAGGUUUCUAAAGAAACAAUCAGAACUUCUGCUGAAUGCUGAUGAUCUUGAUGCCAUGUGGGUUUGUCUCAGAGAAAAUUGUGUUAUUGAUGAUGCUACGGGUGCUGAAAAGGUUUCUCUUACUCAAGCAAGAAUUGAUAUGAGUGAGCUCGAUGAGGAUUCUGAUGGUUUCCUUCAGCCUCAUGAAAUGGAAGCAUAUAUUAGAGGACUCAUCCCCAAUUUGGCACAAUUGCGUGACAUGCCCACUGCAUUUGUUCAGAUGUACUGCCGCAUAGCUGCACGCAAGUUCUUUUUCUUCUGCGAUCCACACAGGCGGGGGAAAGCAUGCAUAAAGAAAGUGUUGCUGAGCAAUUGUCUUCAGGAGCUAAUGGAACUACAUCAGGAGAGCGAGGAAGAGGUAACCGAUACCGAGCAGGCAGAGAACUGGUUUUCCUUAACUUCAGCUCAGCGCAUAUGUGACAUGUUUCUUGCACUAGAUAAGGAUACAAACGGUACACUGAGCAAACAAGAGCUCAAGGAAUAUGCAGAUGGUACAUUGACUGAGAUUUUCAUUGAAAGAGUUUUUGAUGAGCAUGUUCGCCGGAGCAAAGUUGGAGGUGGAAACAGUCGCGAGAUGGACUUUGAAAGCUUUCUUGAUUUUGUUUUGGCUCUAGAAAACAAAGAUACCCCUGAAGGCUUGACAUAUUUAUUUAGAUGCCUUGAUCUUAAUGGAAGGGGGUUCCUUACAACUGCAGAUAUCCAUACUCUAUUUAGAGACGUACACCAGAAGUGGAUUGAGGGCGGGAACUAUGAGCUUUGCAUAGAAGAUGUGAGGGAUGAAAUUUGGGACAUGGUGAAGCCCGCAGAUCCUCUCAGGAUGUCGCUGUCGGAUCUUCUUUCUUGCAAGCAAGGCGGGACUAUCGCCAGCAUGCUUAUAGAUAUUGCACCAAGCGCGAGCAAUCCUGACUACGGCGUUACGCCUGACCCUCGAACUUGCCCUUGGUAUCUGUUUGCCAACAAGUAUGAGAAACUGCUGAUUAAGAGGGGGGUUAUUGAGAAGAGAGGGGCUACUGAUGCCGGCAUUAGGCCUGAGCCAUUGGCUGAAGUUGAGCAGAUCAAGAUUGCAAUUGGACGCAUUGAGGGAGUACUGGAAGCCAACAAGACCGAAUUGACAGCUUUGCUUGAUGAUGUGCUGUCUCUGAAGAAUGGAAGUGAUAGAGUAGCUGAAAAGCUACAGAAGUUGAUAGACCUAGGAAAAAUUGUAGCUGUGUAA